AUGGAUUCACAAGCAGACAGUGAUUGGGAAUUUGAUGAUGUCGACGAUGAAAAGGACGUCAUAUUUACCAAGGCAACACAACAGGUGCAAAAGACCCAUGACAAAAUUGUUCCCAAUGAUUUGUUGCAGUUAUAUGGUCUCUUCAAACAAGCUACCGUAGGAGAAUGUAACGCCUCGAAACCAAACAUUUUCAAUAUGCAGGCCCGAGCAAAAUGGUCGGCAUGGCAAGAAUUAGGUUCUAUGUCCUCGGAAGAAGCCAAAAAACGUUAUGUGGAAAAAGUAAAAGAACUAUUUCCGCAAUGGUAUGAUGAUGUACAAAAAGGCGUUAAAUCUGACGGUGGAGGUGGUACUGGCUGGGUAGUACAUUCCAUUGAGUUACCUCCCGCCGAUAAUGAAGAAAAGCCAGAAGAAGACAAAACCAUAUUCGAUUUUGUUAAAGACCGUAAUUUUUCCAAAGUAGAACAACUACUUAACAAGAGUGAUUUGGAAACAUUGGAUGAUACCGGUCUGGGUCUCAUACAUUGGGCCACAGAUGCAAAUGAUGUUACAAUAUUAUCAUUACUUUUAUCGUCGGGUUGUCCGGUGGACUUACGUGAUGCUGAAGAUCAACAAACUGCAUUACAUUAUGCUGCCUCAUGCGGUCAUGCCGAAUGUGUGCGUCUUCUUCUACAAUACGGUGCUGAUAAAAUGGCCUUGGAUAUUGAUGGGAAAUCUUGCAUAGACGUUGCAGAUUCAUCGGUACUGUCACUGUUGCAAUAAUACGAGAAAUAAUUAUUCCAUAGAGAAUAUAAUAAGUAAUUUUUGCUAAUUUAUUUUAAUAAAAAAGUAAAAAAAAGACAUGGUGUUGUAUAUCGAUGAUUUAAAGGAUAGAAUUUCUCCACAAUUUUGAGCCAAACGUUGUCGUAUUAGAUUAAGAACCUGUUUCUCUAUGACGAUGUAAAUCAUGAUGUGAAUGUAUAUGUUAAAGAAAAACGCUAUUCCAAGUGAGUUUGUCAAUUGUUUGUACCUUUUAACAAAUUUAAAAUAUUUUUGAAUGAUAUUUUUCGUUCAUUCACCUUUGUAUCAGCUACUCUUACAUUCAUGUUGUACUAAAUCUAAUAUAUGGUUUAAAACAUCAUGUGAUAAAAACAUUAUAUUUGAUCUUGAAAUACUUCUUCCAAAAUUAAAAACAUCUCCUCCAUAUAGCCCUACUUUGAUUUUUUUUCUUCUUGCCUUUUAUACGGAUGUUGUGAUUGUUUUCUGUUUAUGUAUCUUUCCUCAACAAAACUCUUUCGAAUAACGAGGAGGUAGUAAGGAAAUAAAAUGCAUCUGCCAAAGGAAGUAAAACAGACAUUCAUAAAAAGUAAACAAAGAGGGGGAAGACUACAGAGGACAUUUGAUAUUACAGUGGCUGAAUAAAGAAUAACAUGAAUACCCCUCUUCGUACAUCCACAUAUCUUGGAUACCACGAUCAAAUAAACUUGAAUUCAACUGUUAGGGGGAGGGGUUGGAAAAGUGGCGCACACCACUAUAUCUUUAUCGAUAAUUAAAUGUUCAAUAUAAAAUACCAUUUUUCAAGUGAUCUAUACAUACAUACAUAUAUAUGUAUGUGCUGUGGUAAAAUAAAUUUAAUUUUCUUAUUUUAGGGGUUGGAAAUCAUACCAAGCUUCCAUGUGCAAUGGUCGCGUGGCAUUUUGUUUUAAUAAUGACUAUAAACGAUAAAAGACAGGAAUAACAAAAACAACAACAAACGUUUAUAUGAAAGCAAUGAAAAAGGAAAAGAAUUUGCGUGUGUCGUUACUUGUAGGAACAAUUAACGAAAGUAUUCGGUGUCAGACAGCGAAUAUCGUUUGAGCUACAUUAAAGUUUAAAAAUUUUAGCUAGAAAACGUUCCUGCAGACUUAAAACGGAAUUAGGAUCGACAGAACAAAUAGAUAGAAAUAUACAACAGAUCGGCCAAAUGCCCACAUACAUUUUCGAUUUUGUUUUCCAAGUGAAAAUUGAAUGUCAAUAUAACUGUAAUAUUGUAACUUGGAUGCCUUCCUGUAUGCUAGAACGUUAGCUUGAAAAAACUCUGCUUAGAACUUAGGUUAAAAAUCUAAGUGUAUGGUCAUGUUAUAUAGUCUCAGCACGGUCGGAAUAUGGUGAGCGCCAUGUCCCUGAUUUCCGAGCUUGAAAUUUACCCAAAGAACCAUAGACUGGAAAUCUUACUAUCGAAUCCGCUAAUUGAGGAGUACUUCCGGAAAUCAAUAGGACGAGACCCUUUGCACCUUAGUUGUUUUGUUCCUAUUAGGCGAGUAGUGCAACAGUAACAUACACCUAAUGUAUAACUUGUGAACUCAGUCUCUUACACAGGACUCCCUGCAUUAUGCAUGGGGACUUCCUGCAGCAUAUGGACUUGAAAUAAUUUAGAUUGCAUUCUGGAUUCGUUCCGUACCUCUUAAUGGACGGACUUUAUUCUACUUAACAUUAUUGUGGAUGUGUUUCCAAGAAAUUUAUAUGGAUAUACAUACAGGGUGAUAUGAAAAAACUGCAAUCAACUUCAGACUGCUGUCAUUUCUAAGCCACUUGUCCGGCAGCUGUUAAAAUUAUUCCAGUGACAGCUCAUUAUAUUGUUUACAAGCGCACCAAAGGAUUUUGAUGAGAAUUUUUCAGAAAAAAGUUAUUCGUGAUGGAAUUUAAGGGUGAUAGUGUGAUUACUUUUUAUUUGGCUGGAAAACCACAAGUGGCUAUCGUUAGAGCACUCCAGCAUUUAAAUGUGAAUAAAUCUUUUGUGUCUCAUACUAUCGCUCGUUACCGUGAUACUGGUAACAUAGCCCGACGUCAAGGAAGUGGACUGAAGAAAACAGCAACAUCAGCAGAAAUGGUUCGAAAAGUAAAGAAUCGACUUGAUCGAAGCCCGCGUCGCAGUUGCCGAAAAAUGGUUCGUGAGCUGAACAUAUCGCAAUAUUCCAAAUAUUGAAAAAAGCUCGGGGUAAAGCCAUGGAAAUUCCAAAAAGUCCAAGAACUUACACCGCAAAAGAAAGAAAAUAAACUCAAAAGAGCUUGCCCGAGAGUGGUGAACUGCAGAAUUUGGUUCUUCGAUGAGAAAACAUUCGUUAUCCAGCAGUUUGUAAACAAACAAAAUUAUCGUGUUUACUUGCCAAAGAGGUUAGCUGAAAAUGUGCACCUUCGGUUGGCCACCAGAACCCAAGCGCCGGACAUGGUGAUGAUGUGGGCCCCCAUAACAGCCAAUGGUCGCUCUCCGCUCGAAUUAAUCGAUC